AGACAACUUUAUCAGAAACAUCUCAGACAGAAGAACAUGAACUCACAGAUACAAAGACAGAAACUAAUAAGAUAGAAACAACAGAAAACGAACCAGAAGCUGCAGACACAUCUGCAAACAAUGCUACAACAACAGAUGUAGAAAUAGAAAUCACAUCUAAGAAUGAAAAGAACAACAAGAAUGAAAGAGAAUUUACUCUUGUUAUCUCGAGAAAAGGAAAAUACAAAAACAAAGUGAAGAAAGCAAGUUUCUCUCCACUCACUAGAGUUAACAAA